AUGAGCAGCGGCGGGAUGCAUUCGGGGUUAUUCACGUUGCACUUCACGCCUAUAUGCGCCACGGAGGAGAGGAAGGCCGCGGCCUCGGGCAGUAUGUCUGCCUCCACGCAAAACUCCGCGGAGUUCGGCGAUUGGCACAUUCUUUUGCGCUUUGCCGUCGAGAACGAGGUGCUCUCGGUGAGACCGCAGGGGAAGAUAUUCGUCAUGGGGAGUGAGUGCGGCAGCAGCGGCAGUAGCGAGGAGCCGGUGGCCAUCCCUGGCUUGGGCCGCGUCCCCCGACCGGUGAAGGACAGGCACGCCGUAGUGGUGAUGCGCUGCCACUGCCACUGGCAGUAUACCGAGGCCUUCCGCUUUGACGUUUGCUUCGACCAGCUUGAGGGGGCCGUCGUGGGCGUGAAGGGGACGACGCUAACUGAGGUGACGAUUAGCUGUGAAGGCAGCCAGGCGUACGGGUGGUAUAUUGGCGAGGCCACUGUGCGGGUCAAGGGAAAUCCGUUUGUGCUGCCGCACCGUCUGCGAUUCGUCUUAGACCCUUACGUGGGUGCGCAGUGCACGAUGUGCCUGGACCCUGUCUACGCGCAGGGCUACACCUGCACGGAGUGCGGGGCGGUGGAGUACUGCUCACAAAAGUGCCAGGCGGCGCACAUGAGUGGCGGCCACGGCCUGUUGUGCCCAAUACUUCGUCGCACCUACACGCAGCGCUCAGGGAAGGUUUUGACGGAGACGGAAAAGGGCACACCUCUGGUGGCGUGGUGGCGCUGCUUGGAAGGCGCGCGAUACUCGAUUCUUGUGGAUUUUCACAACUCCCUUGGGCACCCCAUUGAGUUCUUUCUCUCCACGCUAAGGCCGGCGCAGGAUGAGGGUCUGCGCUACCGGUUUAUCGUGGACGAAGACACCACCCCUAGAGCAGUGAGGCAGGAGGAGCUUGUCGAGUUCGCAUGCACCGUCUUCCGUGCCGUUAGUGAGAAUUCCAUCAGCGAGGGAUGCACAUCGCUGGCCGCGGCGUGUCUGAAUUACAUCUUUACCUUCAGCCGCCACAUCGAGUCCAUAGUGGAGUCGCACGUCCUCUACUACUACAGCUACCUCUGCGAGGACUUUGAGGGGACGAUAUGCUCGGUCGAGGAGUACGUGACGUACGCCCGGCCCAUGCACGAGCUCGGGGUGGCGUUGAUUGAGUUUGCCCUCAAGAGUCCCACCGCCCUGCUGUUUUGGCAGCGCAUCAAGCUGGCCAAGAACGUUUUCAUCAACCUUUACAAUGUCAACACGAGCUGCCACUGCUCCAAAAUCAAGGCGCUGGUGACGGCCAUCCCGGGGCAGCAGCGGGAGACGCUGAGCCUGCUCUCGAAGGUCUUUCUCACCAUGGCGGCGCGGGCCCCCAAGAAGGAGGGGCUGCGCCUCCUAGAGCAGGCGGAAAAGUGCCUGCGCGACUGCCUGCCGGCGGAGCAGGAGGCGGACGACGCCGCCGUGGACGCGGCGGAGGGCCACCACCACAACCGCUCCGAGGACUCCGACGCGCCCGACGACAACCUGGAGGAGAUGGAGCCCUCCUGCCUCGCCACGCUCUACUACCGCCUCUCCACCCUGCUGCUGCUCUACGGCGACGCGAGCAAGACGCGCGAGGCGCAGGCGCUGAAGGCUCAGGGCGACGCGCUCAUUGCGGGGGCCAAACAAACACCCGCAGAUAAUGCGGCCGCGGCAUGA